AUGGCCGGCAUAUUUCGUGCUAUCUAUGACUGGCUUCUGAGGAUGUUCUGGGCCAGCGAGAUGGAUGUCACCAUGAUCGGUCUUCAGAAUGCCGGCAAGUCUUCUCUGCUGCGUGUGUUGGCGGGUGGAGAAUUCACUAUUGACUCCAUCCCGACAAUCGGAUUCAACACCAAAAGAGUGCAGAAAGGCCAUGUGACAUUGAAAUGCUGGGAUCUGGGUGGCCAACCUCGAUUUCGGCCGAUGUGGGAACGGUAUUGUCGGGGCGUCAACGCGAUCGUGUAUAUUGUGGAUGCAGCAGACCGCGCCGCACUCCCAGUAGCGACAGAAGAACUUCACGACCUGAUGAAAAAGCCCACACUGGAUAGUAUCCCCCUCCUAGUCCUUGGGAACAAGUCCGAUCUUCCAGACAAGCUGUCUGUUGAUGAGAUCAUCGAGGCCAUGGAUCUGAAAUCCAUCACUCAUCGCGAAGUAAGCUGUUAUGGUAUCAGCGCCAAGGAGGAGACCAAUCUUGACGCUGUCCUGCAUUGGCUCAUUGCCCGAGCUAACCGAUGA